AUGCCUCCCAAGCGAAAGGCCCCAGCGCCGGCAGAGGCACCGGCAGCCAAGAGGCGCGCUCAACCUGCGAAAGUCACUGCGAAGAAACCUAUCAUACGCAGAGUUGUACCUGCAGCAUCUGAUUCGGAGGAUGAACUCGCCCUGCCGCCUGCUCCCACUCAGACACAGACGAAGCGUGGCGCGACAUGCGAUGAAUGUAGCGAAGUGAAGCGGGUGGGCAGCAAAGUGGAGAGUUUGGUGCAAUGCACGAAAUGCAAUAAGACCGUACACCCGUCUUGCGAUGGAUUGAAUGCGGAGGCAGCAGAAAUCAUCAAGACCUACAAAUGGCAGUGUAACGAAUGCACAGAGUGCGAAGAGUGUCUCAGAGCCGACAACGGCAGUAAAAUGCUUUUCUGUGAUCGUUGUGACCGCGCAUGGCACAUGGGAUGUUUGGAACCUGCCUUGCGGAGAAAGCCGAAGGGAGACUGGUUCUGCGACCCAUGCACCGAGUACAGGCGGGAGCAAGCAGAAGGUCGGGCGGGAACCGCGAACACUGUCGUUCGCCCGCCAUCUCCCUCGGUCAGAUCUGAAAUCCCCGCACCACCGCCGCCUAAGCGCAAGGGUCACCCGCCGGGUGUGCGCUCGCUAGCCGCGGCGAAAUCCAUACCCAAUGCCCCUGGGCCCUCGCGCAUCAAAACUACCCGCUCAGCCGCUACUCUGUCAGAUGCGGACGACUCGGACGCGGUCCAAUCCCAAAGACGAGGUCCUAGAUCCGCGGCGACGCGCGUUACCACUGCAGCGAAGAAACCCCCACCCUCUCGUUCCACUCAACUGGCUACUCUUCCAGAGCCUUCAUCCGACGACACUCGGGAUGAAGUCGACUUCUUGUCAUCUCCUGAACCCGUCAUCAAGGCUCCGCGAGCUCAUAGCCGCGCGACUGCGAAACCAGGACCAUCCAAAGCUGUAGCACGCGCUGCGCCUCGAGCUUCACCUGCUCCGCGCUCACUUCGAGCUCGACCAUCCUCUAAGGCGGUAUUCGUCGAGGUACCCUCAAACACUCGUGGCCGCGGACGUACGCGGCAACAAAGUGUUGACGCCCUGCCCACCCCACCCGACACACGAUCUCCUCCCACACCCCCUGCCGAAUUGCCAACGCUCUCUGAACGCGAGCACGAGUCGCUUACUCCGUUGCCCGAGAACGAACGUCCUGCACCGUUGCGAUCUCAGGCGACAUCUACUCGGCUACCCUCAGCGCUCCCAGAACACCUACAUCAAUGUCUCGCUGAACAGAAGCGCGCCUCUUUAUGCGCCCUUCGACAGUUGCCUAUAUGCUCUGAAGACAGCGACAACGAACAUCAGCCUCCUAAUUUGUCCACGAAGACGGAUCUGUCGAAUCUUCUCAAGGGUACCGUUGAACAUGGCGAGGGGAAUAGCUGCUUACUCAUCGGCCCCCUUGGAAGCGGCAAGACCGCAAUAGUUGAAGAUGUUCUGGGUUCUCUACCUAAUCAACCCAUCAUCGUACGGCUGUCUGGGCACGUUCAGCGGAAUGACCGGGUUGCUCUGCGCGAGAUUGCGCGGCAGGUUGCGAAACAAAUCAACAGGGCCUUUGGCUCUGAGCUAGAGAACGACGAGGACGCGUCCGCGGAGGACGAAGGCGCCGAGGCGCCUUCACACCUGCCAACUCUCAUCUCCUCUCUCCCAUCGCUCGGACGACCAACAAUCAUCAUUAUUGACGCCUUCGACUUAUUUGCUGAGCAUGGCCGACAAGCGCUUCUUUACUGCCUGCUAGACACGGCACAGAGCUGUCGCGCAGGCACCUCAACACGGGGGAUCGCUAUCGUCGGCGUCACCACCCGAGUGGAUACCCUCAACAUGCUCGAGAAACGCGUGAAGAGUCGCUUUUCGGGACGCAUGUUGCGUACGGCAACCCCUCACAGUUGGAUGGACCUUGCACGUAGCGCGCUCCUAGCGCCUAUAUCGGCCCCUUCGGAAGAAUGGACGGACCUGUGGGUGCUCGCCGUAAAGCGCUUCUUAGCCGAUCGGUCAGUCAAAGAGGCUAUGUCGGAGACAUUUGGGCUUGUCAGGGAUUCACGACUACUUGCGCGGGUGAUGGCACCCCCGAUCUUAGCGCUCGCACCCAGCAAGCCGUGGCCCGCUGCGGCUUCCUUGCUCAAUAGCAUAGAGUCGCAACGCAUCUUGCCUGCCUUCGGAUCGCUCAGUUCGUUACCAUACCCCGCGCUCUGCCUUCUCAUCGCGGCCAAUCAUGAACGUACAAACGGCAACGACGCCGUCACCUUCGAGAUGUUGUACGAGUCAUGCCGGCGACAAAUAUCUGCCAGCCAGGCCGCGCUCGCGGUCGUUGCGAGCGGCGGUGUCGGCAUGAUUGCUUGCAGUCGCUCUGUAUUCUUCGCAACUUUCGAGAGCAUGGUGGACUCGCGCACUUUUAUCUCCGUUCCAGGAGGCUCGAAUACGGCGCGACAGUUCAUGCGGUACAGGUGUAUGGUGGAACGGGAUCAGGUCAAACGUGCUGUUGACGCAAAUGGACAAACGAACUUGAGGAAGUGGUUUAAUAAGCCUACUUGA